CAAAUGAUCGUCCGUAUAACAUAUGUUUUACAUGUAAUAGAGUUUCGACGUCGACGAUGAGGAAGGUCUCCUCCAACAAUGGAGUCGGAGUCGGUACGUUUAAGUCACAGAAUCCAAAUUUCGACGAUGAAGAUGACGACGGAGACUGCCUUUUUAAAGCGGUGGUUGCGAAGAUCUUCGCUAGUACAACUUCCAUUAAAGCUGCUUACGCAGAGCUUCAGAGGGCUCAAAGUCCGUACGAUAGCGACGCUAUACAAGCGGCGGAUACGGUGGUAGUUAAUGAACUAAAAACUUUAUCGGAGCUUAAACGGAGUUUUAUGAGGAAGGAAUUGAAUCUUUCACCAAAAGUUGCGAUUAUGUUAGCUGAGAUCCAUGAACAGCAGAGUUUGAUGAGGACUUAUGAAAUCGCGAUGAAGAGACUUGAAUUUGAAGUUACGGAGAAGAAAGUGAAGAUCGAUGAGUUGAAGAUGAAUCUUGAAGAGAAUUUGGUGAUGAAUAAAUCGUUGGAGAAGAAACUCACAGCUACUUGACUCAUCGCUUGAAUUGAAAAUUAUUGUAUUUUCACUAACUUGUUGGACUUUAGAUAUGAGCCGAGCUUGCUUUUAAGUUGACAUUGAACGAAUUUUUGUAGAAAUUUUGCAAAAUAACUAUUCAACGUCCGUGACCAAGAAAUUUAAAAAGUUAAGUGAGACAACCCUAUUAAUUAUCAUGCUAAUAUUGU